CAAAUAUCUGCACAAAACGCAGUGUUAUAACAAUUAACCAGUUAAAUACUGUUGAUCAACAAAGAGAAGUCUGUAAAAGUUCACAUUUCAACCAGACAGACUCAACUAGUGAAGUGAUUUACUGGAUAACACUGUCAGAGGCGCCCGUCCGGUGCAAAAGUGCAUCGACUCCGGCGCCGUGUCUCGUUGCCGUCUUAUGUCAUCGGGGAGCGGUCGCCCGGCCUCAGAAACGAAAUAUACGUCAUCCGGUCGGACGGCCGGAUCAGAUUUACUGCCGCCACCGCCUCCGCCGAUUUACGACGGUCUGGCAUGCGGAACACACGUUUCGGACGGCGGCGGGGGACCUGCGCCGUGAAGCGCCUCUCUCUGCAGCUCUUCCAUCAAGGACCAGUCUUUGCUGGGUCGAAUCCGGGAGAGAGCGGCUCUCCCCAUCGCCGUAGCCCGCAGCGCUCGCCACCCCCCCAAGUGACACCACCGAAACACACCUACGGGAGCAUGUGGUGCACCGAUAAACGUCCACCCCGUAACACCAAUUAGUCCAUAGCGCGGGUCCGAUCCUCUCCGAAAAUAAACCGGGAUGCUGUGCAAUUGGUACGCGGAGGACUGGCUCAGAUGAUGAUAGACGGUUGAUCCGUCGGUGCGUGCGGUCCUCGCGUCUCGCGGAGCAUGUGUCCGUUAAGAGUGGCGGCCUAGAGCUGAGUGGCUGAGGGAGGCCGAGCCGAGGAGAUGGCUACCCCGUCGGACAGUCCCGUCGAGGAUGUGGUUUACGAGAUCGAGCCGUCCAGGGUGCCCAAGCCUGUGCCUGUCGCCUUGGAGGAUCUCUGCAGACUUACCAAGUUCACGAGGCAGGAAAUCAGGAUCAUGUAUCGGGGAUUCAAAACGGAAUGCCCAGAGGGCGUCGUCCACGAAGAUAGCUUUAAAGAAAUUUAUUCCAAGUUUUUUCCGCAUGGAAAUUCGAGUUUAUAUGCACACUACGUGUUCAAGGCUUUUGAUGUCAACUGUAAUGGGGCAAUUAGUUUCAGGGACCUGCUGAUAACCCUGUCGACCUUGUUGCGAGGGUCAGUUUACGAGCGGUUACGAUGGACAUUUAAAUUGUACGACGUGAACGGUGACGGGUGCAUCAGUAGGGGUGAACUGUCCGAAAUCGUGGUCGCCGUCCACGAACUGAUGGGCAGGAGGGCGCAUCAGGUCGAGGACGAUCGGAAAGCAAGAGAACAAAUUGACCGAGUGUUUCGGAAGCUGGACCUGAACCAGGACGGCGUCAUCACCAUCGAGGAGUUCAUGGAAUCGUGCCUCAAAGACGAUGUGAUCACUAGGUCUCUCCAGAUGUUCGACGCAGUGCUAUGAUGAUAGUGCCGGAACAAUGGAAAUUGACGAACAAAAUGAAAUUAUUGGGUUGGACGAAGCUGUGCGUUCAGUGCGUUCUCUUGGUUUCCCUACAAUAUCUGCUACUCAGUAUUGAUGUGACAGUGAUCGCGAUGGAACAUUUAUUAGAUAGGAAAAUUCGAUGAUAUAUGUUACGCCACACAACAAAACAUGCGAAAAAAAUACUUUCGUUACUGCCGUCUUGUUAUUGGAUUCAUUUCUUGUACUUUCAAAUAUUUAGACAAUAAAAAUCACCAGCCACAACUUCAAAUUUCUGUACACAAUUAUUUACAACCAAACUCUUAAAAUCUUAAAUUUUAAGAAGUAGGCGCAACAGGGCUCCAAUGAUUUCUAUCUCUAAAUAUUAAUUAUGCAUUAACCCAAGAUUAUCGUUGACGGUUCACCACCAAGGUAUGUUUGUUUGCUGUUAAUUAAAUCUCACUUCCCAUCAAUGUAAUUACGGGCCAUAUUAAUUUCAACAAGUGUAUAAGUCUGCUAUUGUGUGUAUGGCAUGGGGGUGGUUAAUAGCCAGUUUGGGAGUGGGUAUCGCGUGAGCUGUCUCCGCUGUACCCGUAGACCGAAGUAAAUAUUGACAAAACUCAAUCCGUUGACCGACCAUGCUUGUAUCCGGCACUAAAAUACCUCUUCAACGGAGUAUCAUCAUUCCGAACCAGCAUGUAACAGUCGGUGGUGUGUAAUUGUUGUACAGGAAUUUAAAGUUAAAACAAGGUGAUUGUGAACAUCAAAAAAACCCAUGCUGCUUUUAGAUCAGGCCGCCACGAAUUGAACUUUUUAUUUAACAUUUUUAAUACUGUUGGAGGGUGCCAGCGAAUUUUGAUAGUUUAACCAUUUCAUUUUUAAACGCAUUAAAACAUUUGUCCGAUGUGUAUUGCGAAUUGAUCUGGUUUCAGUAGGGGUUGUUAGAAUAAAUAGGUCGCUAUUGCUAGUGCGUCACGUCUAGAGAUACCAAAUUAUAUGCAUGCGACAAGAACCAGCCAUAACCAAACAUCAACAUUAAAUUUGUAAAUAUGUCAGAGGCCUAUAUUCAACACAGAUUUCGCAACAAACCACCAAUUUUUUGAGUACGAUUUGCAUGUUAUUGGAUUUGAGUAUCUCAGUUUUAUAAACAAAAUACAAUGCUUUGUAACUGUGGAUAUUGUACUAAUUGUACAUUAGUAUAAUUUAAUGUAAUUUAUUUCAAAUAGCGGACGUGUUCUGCUGCUAUAGUGAGACUUUUAUAAUAACUUAUUACUAAAUGUCACGUUAAAUGAUCCCAACGUAUCUCACUGAACAACGGGAUAUUCAAAAAAUGCAUCAACAAUUUAUAAACUAUUCAGUGAACAGUCUUUGUGUCUUUGUUAUUGAUGCAGUCUCGAAAUUGUGGAUGGAAUUUUUGGGGCCCCGUAUAUUAUGUUCUGAAGUGCCUCUUCCUAAUCAUAAACAAUUUUUCUAUUUUAGUAUUACCUAACUAUUUGUCAAAUAUGAACUUGCCAUAACUAUAUUUCAAAGGGAAGACUCUUAUUUGUAUAUUUUAAAUAAGGAAAAUUCGGCUAAAAUUGUAUUUUUGAUAGAAAACAUCUGACUCAAUUUAUAAUAUUGGCUUUAAACAUAAGUACAGUACAAAAGUUUCCAAACAAACCUAGUACAUAAACCUCAGCAUAUAAAUUUGUACAUACAUAAACUCUAAUGGAUAAGAGGGGCUACUCAUAAAAUAUAACACCUAAUAUUCGAUCGGAAGUACUUCAGAAUGUUUCAUACAAAAAUGUAUUUUUUUAAACGUAUCGUAGAUUGUAACAUAUUCCACUUAUCGUCAUGUUUCUAUUUUAUCAUCUAUAAAUUGUUUAUUGCCGAAAAUUAAAUUACAUAAGUUAAUUUUAAUGUAACUAUAAAAUAAUUGUUCAUAUUGUGGUCAAUUUAUCAUCAUGAUGGCAAGUGGAAUUUUAAAUGUAUUGAGAAAUGUUGAUGCGUCAUUUUAGCUUAAGAUCCUUGUUCUUCCUUACAUGUUUUACAAAAAAAAUAUAGAUACGUCAUCGAAUUAAAAAGUAAAACUAGAAAAUUGUUGGACUGUAAAUGAUUUAACUGUAUAGUUAUAGAAAGGUGAAAUUUGCUUUAUUUGAAACGUCAGGAUAAUGUCAGGUCGUUUUACGUAAAUCUUAUAUCACAUGUAUGUUUUUUACUUUGAAUGAUUAAUUUUCUAGUGAUAUUCUUUUAGUUUAGUUGAUAUAAAUAUAGAUAUUAAUCAAAAAAAAAUGUAUGAUUGUAUAUUAGAAAUUAAUAGGGAUAUUUAACAAUAAUAGAUGUGUUUAUUAAAAUUUUUUUCAUGAUUUCCGUCAGAAGUGGAAAAGCCCAUUAAUAUUUGAUAUGAUUAAAAUAGGUUAUGCAUAUCGAUUUUUACAAUCAUAACUCGAUCUAAUCGAUAAUUUACCAAUUUAAUGAGCUUCUAACAUUACGAUUUGACACAAUCUUCCAAAAAUUGUGUGAAAUACCAUAAUUUCAAGAAACGAACUUAAACUUGUCAGUAAGUUUCUUGGAGUAAGUCUGUUACUUUCUUUUAUACUGUUACUAAAAUUUAACUAUUAAUAUCUAUAAAAUGUUUUAAGGUCCUACAUUGCAACUGCUUUUAUUAAAAUGCAAAUUCUGUCAGGUACAUCAAAAGUCAUGAUAAUUCAAAACUUAAUUUUGGUUUAUUAACAGUACAUUCCAGUUUAUUUUUCAGCCUAACAGACUAGUAUUUUAGUAAAAACAGCUGUUUUAUAUACGUUAGUUACAUUGUAUAAAGUGAUAAAGUUUAUAAAAAAGAAUCUAAAUGUAUUUAUUAUUUAUAUUAAUUAAAGGCAGGGCACAAUUUGUAGGAAUUUUAAGCCAUUCGUUAGCCAAUUAUUGAACGUCCUUAAGAUUGAUAAUCAAGAAACUGAAACAAGCUCAUACUUCCUGAAGGCAUGAUAAAAUAAUAUUUAAUAAAUGGAUCAAGAUAGUUUUUGUAUCGGUGUAAAUAUAGAAUAAAGAAUUGCUUAAUAGAAGUCUGAGAGUUGUUUUAAAAUCGUACUAAAAAUUCUAUGAAUGUCUAUUUCAAUGUUCAAAUGGCUCAUAAUAUGCAAUUAUUUUAGUAUAAUCAGCAAUAUACGCAGUAAAUAAUUUUGACUGAUCAACCAAAAAAAUGUAAAUGUAUCAUUAUUGUUAUCUUUAAUUAAUAAAUUGUUAU